AUGAACGUUCCUCAAGAGAUUUGUAAUCUGGUAAGUGCAGCAUCGAGUCAAUAUCUUAUACGAUUUAUGCUAACGCCUCAGAUUACGUAUUAUGUCGACGACGGACUGGUACCGGAAGACUCUCUAGGCCCGCAUACUUGGCUACAAAUGGAGCACAACAGCGAUGAGUCGCUGCGAAGUCUCGAACUUACGAGCAAAGCUUUCUACCGUGCCAUUUGCCCGUGUUUCCAACGAAAGAUUAGUGUCACAUCCAGAGGUAGUCUCGGGCUUCUAAACAAGGCUUCCCAAAGUCCCACAAUCGCAAACUACGUAGAGAUCUUGGACAUACGCGUAUACGACGAUUUAUUUAGCGAUCAGAAUACCGAUUUUGCCAUGUACAUCAACGACCUUUCCAACCUCGUCGGCUUCAUCGGACGUUUUCAGAAUCUUCGCGCGCUUGCGCUCUCUUAUAGACGGCUGUGUAAAGAUCAUGGGCGUGACUUCAUGGUAGGAAAGGUUCUCGCACGCAUCAUUGGUGUCGCCCUUCGAGAUUGGCCUAAUCUUAAGCUCAAUGAGCUUGUGUUGGACAUGCCCGUGAAUACAAACUUCUGGAUCCUGUUUGAUGACUUUCUACCUUCGAAGGCUGAUAUCAAAAUUGAUACACAGUCAAGUCAUACAGAUUGUUUGAGUAUUAUUCAACAUUUGAGAGUCCAAGUGCGAGAAGACGGUCUGAUAUUAGUGGAAGAAGAAAUGCCCUUGGACAGCAAUCCAGUUCUAUCGCAUGCAGAGUACUGUCUUUCCAUGCUGAUUAAUCAACUAUCAAACCUUGAUUCUUUGUGUAUCAACUGCGACUCCAUACUCAGCAUUUACAUACCUGAUGGAGAACGCAUGCAAAACUUACAGGUUUUGGAUUUGACUCGUGUCCGCCUAUCCACUCGGAGUCUGAGGCAUUUCACGAUCUUUAAAGAUGACCAAAGGCUACGAUCUGUCAGUCUCGAAGAGGUGCAGUUGGAUGUAUCGCGCUCGAGACGAUCCACUGCAGGUUGGUCUUUCGUUUUUCAAAGUUUGGUUUCUUCACCACACCUUGGCCACCUCGUUGUAGAAUCUUGCGGUACUUACACACAAGAGUCCGGCGUCUCUAUCGGGUUUAUAUCGUCAUCGGAUGCCUCCCCGUACCGAAAAGGUGACGGCUUUAAAGAACUUGAUCUGCUACUGCGCCAUGUAGCAAGAGUACGUCGCAAAGCAAAGGAGUCCGAGCAACAAAAGAGGCGCGAGAUGGAAGCUUUUCCGACGAGCCUGACUUCUCCUUCCGACACUAUACCUGGCAAUUGGUUUGCGAAACAAAGCGAAGAGAUGCUGUAA